AUGGAAGACCAAUCUACCCAUCCACACUCACCACUCAACCUAGCGGCUGCAAACGACAUCCAUUCCUUCGAUAUCGAUCCAUCUCUGGAGGCGUCCAGCGAGUUCUUCGCAGGAGUGGGCAUAGACGAGCACGAUCAUGAGCAUGAGCAUGAUCACAACCAUAAUCAUCAAGUCACAACUCACAACGACCAAGUCGAUGAUGACGAACAUGGACACCCAACCCAGGACGAUAUAGAUGCAGUGAUCAAAGCAUCUUUGGAUCAUGUCCAAGCACAGGCUCAAGCUCAGGUGGCUGCUGAUGCAGUUGCAGCCUUGACUCGAAUCGAUACUGCCCUGCCUGAUUCUGACGAUAUACCUACUCAGCAGGAACAAGGUGAUGCCGAAGAUCUAAACGAAAGACCAAGUAAAAGAGCCAAAACAUUAUUGGACGACGAUCAACUUGGAACUGAAGGUAACCCCAUUCCAAAUCCGACUCUACAUAUUGCACCAUUUUCUAAACCAGAUAGACAGAUUGGCAGCACCCCUUUACCUUUAUAUCUUCAAUUCCCAAAUAAAGGACAAUUCCUCCGAUGGUUAGAUGCAGAGAACAGUUGGUGUCAUUUUGUUCAAAGACGAACGACUACUCCUGAUAAAAGGUCGGCGGAGAGGUUACAAUCUAGGAUCAGGGCUCAUAACAAGAGCAUGGAAGCAAUGACACCUGAAGAACGAGCUGCUGCGCCACCCCUGAAAACCCGUCGUCGUAAGAGGGUAUCACCCGUAUUUGAAAAAGUCACUUUCACAUGUCAUCAUGCGGGUACAUACGAAUCGAAACAUUCCACUUCCCUACCUAAAGAGAAACUAAGGUUGAAUACGAAGAAAUCGGUCAAGUGCGCUUGUGCAAGUAGGGUCAUAUUGAUUGAGAUGCAAUCGGGGGAUUGUAAGGUUGUCUAUCACUGGAGACAUGAAGGGCAUGAUCCAUUCUCAGAUACGGAUAUCGAAGGUGGUAGAUUACCUAAAUCAAUUGAUAUUUGGUUGACCAAGCAGAUUGAAGUUGGGAAGAGUUUAGAUGAUAUUAGGAAAGUUCUGAGUAUCCCAGAGGAAGAAAAAGAAGCUUAUCUAGCCAAAGUCGCUGCGGACCCCACAACCCUCGAACCGGAUAUGCCCCCACCCCUAGCCCUAGUGCUCAAAGUGAAAUACCCAGAUAUCUAUAAUCGAUAUCGUAAAUUGAAGGGUCCAGUUAAAGAUCACAAGGUACUGAAAGGAUCUACCAAGAGGACAUCAAGUGGUACUGCUAAAUCCGGAUCACGUUCAAAGACCAAUGAUUCAACCAUUUCACAAUCUGCCAGUCCAAGCUCGAUAGUCAUCGAUGAACAACCAGAACAGAGCCAAAGUCCAUCGAUAGAUCAACAAAUGAUAAUGGAGUUAAACUCUAAACCAUUGGUUGAUAGUCUUGAUGGAUUAUUACCUACCUCUUCAACUUCAUCCGUUCAUGGAGUAGAACAAGGAGGUAGAGCAGGAGGGAUGAUCAUUGAUGAGCAUUCAGAGGUGGAUAAUGAAUUUGCUCAAUUGGCUUCAUCUCAUGAUUUACUAGGUCAGAAUGACAGUGAUAAACGGGAUGAAACUGAAUUGGAUUUGAUACAUUCUCAUGAAGGUCUGGCAAGAGCUUUAUUGGAUUUACCCAGCGCAGGGCCUGGACUGAGGGACGAAGAUGGUAAUGAGAUGAGUUUGGAGGAAGCGAUGAGAAGGAUGGCGGAAGGUGUGGCGGCCGUUGCGGCUGCUCAAGCUGAGGGCGAAGCUGAGGGUGAGGAUCAACUGCGCACGGUAGGGGAUGUUGAACAGGAUGGAGAUAGAUAG